AUGUCGCAUCCUCCCUCCUUUUACUUACUUCGUCUGGCUGCAGGAUGCAAAAAGGGUGCAGCUGAUUCCGGAACCGAAGUGGCCGGCCGGCUGACUCUGAAGCACAUCUAUGAGAUUGCCUGUCUGAAGAAGCAGGACGCAGCCUUGGAGACGGUUCCCUUAAAGUCCAUCUGCAUCAGUCUGAUAAGUACUGCCCACCGACUUGGCAUCCAGAUUAUUUCAAAAGAAGAGCUCGAGAACGGCAGUGUAGACCACUCGCCAGAAGCCUACGCAGCCUUCCUCAAACAACGCGAUAUUGACGUGGCCGCCCGUAAAAAGGCCCUUGAGGAGAAGAAACAAGCGAAACUUAUGCGGGUCUCUUAA